AUGGUUAAAGUUGGUGGCUACAUAUUGGGCGAAUUCGGAAAUUUGAUAGCUGGUGACCAGCGUUCCAGUCCUCAAAUCCAAUUUGAGCUACUGCACUCGAAAUUUCCUUUGUGUAGUAUUGCUACACGAUGUCUUCUUCUUACGACGUAUGUGAAAUUCUGCAACUUGUUCCCGGAAAUAAAACACAUUAUCCAGCAGGCCAGUGUUUCGUUUCAAAUGGUUUACCAGGUCGACCAUAAUUUGAGAAACCCGGAUGCAGAGUUGCAACAACGAGCGAUUGAGUAUCUCCAGUUGAGCAAGGUGGCCACUCCGGAUGUUCUAGCAACGAUUUUGGAAGAAAUGCCACCGUUUGCGGAAAAAGAAAGCAGUCUUCUAGCUAAAUUGAAAAAGAGUAAACCACAAGUAGAGGAAAUGGAAAAUGUUGAGAAAGAGAAGAAGAAUAGGCCAAACGCUACACCUGUUAAGGAUGAUGGAACUGCUUCGCUUGUUGAUUUUUCGCAACCGAAAGAUAAUGGAUCGGGUUCCUUGGUUGAUAUAUUUGGACACCAAUCUUCUGGACAACCUUCAGCACAAGUUUCAUCGAAUACUCAAGGAGAAGACAAGGACAUCGCUAACAAACACGACUAUUUCAAGUUUGUUGUGAAGAAUAAUGGAGUUCUGUACGAAGAUAGUGUUAUCCAAAUUGGUUGCAAGCUUGAAUCUCGAACAAAUCUUGCUCGUCUUGGAAUGUUUUAUGGUAAUAAGACUUCAAAUCAGUUUACUGAUUUCAUUCCUGUAGUUAGUUGUCCAGGAGCGCUUGCUGUUCAACUUCAGGCUCAGGCAAAACCAAUAGAUCCAGUGGUUCAGGCAGGUGCUCAAGUGCAACAAUUAAUUAACUUCGUGGAUAGGGCAGGUCAGACCCAAUGUUUUGAUAAAUUGAUAUACCUACCGCUUUUUAUCAACAAAUUUUUCGAGCCGACAGAAAUGACCUCGGAGCAAUUCUUCGUAAGGUGGAAAGCUUUGGGUCAACCCUCACAGGAGUGUCAAAGAAUUUUCCCCGCGAAGAUGUCAAUGGAUGCGGCAGUAGUUACACAGAAGCUUGUAGGGCUUGGAGCGAAGCUUUUAGCCGGUGUUGAUCCAAAUCCUGACAAUUACGUCUGUGCCGGAAUAAUUCAUACUCAGACACAACAGAUUGGGACCCUAAUUCGUUUGGAACCAAACAAGCAAGCUAAGAUGUACCGACUAACUAUACGAAGCAGCAAGGAUACCGUUUCAGCGUAUCUCGUUAAUGCUCUUGUUGAGCAGUUUUAG